CUUGAUCUUUCUUAGGAUCAAAAACACAGAUCGAGAGGUCAUCUUUCUCGUUUCCAUAUAAUAUAUCCAGUAGCCCGUUUUCUUUCACAUUAAUCUACCAUCCGGUUUUCCCAAAGCGAAGGUAGUACGGGAUUCUCCUAAUCCCUCAUCGCUAUGACGGGUUCUAAGUCCUUUGUAGGAGCAUUUGCUCCACGUUCUUCGGGAAAGCCUUAUCCUUCGACAGCGGACAUGGUCAUGGAAUUGAACAUGCUCACGGAAACCAUGAAAGAUAUGACCUCCCAAAUCGAACAAUAUCAGGGCGGUAUGAGCAAUUUGCUUUACUUGAUUCGGGGCACCUACAAAGUCCAUGAUAGUGCCUUGAUCGCACAGAAAAGAAUCGCAUCCACAGAGGUAACAGAAGGCCGGGACAAGGAAGAUCAAGUCUUGACUGCUACCUACGAAAUGAUCGACGCCCUGACUCAGGCUAUUGUGGCUACUGCAAGCAAGGUCCCCUUUGUGAAGAAGAUCCCCAGCGGAUUUUCGAUUGUCCAGGCGGUCUUGCGCAAGAUCUAUGAAGCCAAGGAAGGGUUACGGGCGGCACUUCUCAAGCACUGUGCGAAUGGGUUUACAUCGGAAAUCCUGGAAUUGUUUCGCGACUUCGAGCAGAGGUACACAGAUCUGAUGUCAGAUCUGAGAGCUUAGCAUAUUUCACUCAAAACAUACAAACUGGGAUUGAAGGCCCCUCAUAUGGCUGCGAAGACACUGUGCGGUGUGACCUGU